ACUAGACCGUUGUCUUUUUUUACAAAACGGUAGAUUUGAUAUAGAACGAUUGCGUGAGGUGACACGAAUGUUUCUUGGUUUACACGAUUUUCGCACUUUUAUGAGUGUCAGUCGUCAACAAAGCCCUACACGUGAUCAUCCUAGAUACACAGUACGCACAAUCGAUGAAAUAAUUGUGAAACCUGGAAAGUCUAGUGCGAUCGGCGCAAAUGCUGAACUGGCAGAGAAUAUAUACGAUUAUUGGGAAAUUGAGUUUAAAGCUAAAGCAUUUCUGUACAAACAAGUGCGACGCAUUGUUGGCACAUUGAUAUCGGUUGCUACCGGGCACAUCGAUGAACAAUGUGUAUAUCAAAUGCUAACGAUCCCAUCGAAAAACUCUUGGGACCAUCGCAUAUUGCUCUCACCACCAUUUGGUCUCUAUCUUUGUCGUGUGCACUACGAUGAAAAAGAUUUAAAGCUGCCUAAUAUAGUCAAUGAAAAUGAGUUUCCUACAGCAGCUGAAAACUAAACGCAUGGCUUUAAAAUCCACCAAAACCAUUGUAACCACAACAAGUGGCAAACGUUUUAUCGAAGCAAAUACAACUACCUCAACACCUAUACAACAUCUAAAAGAACAGUCUUAUGGUUUUGUAGUUGAUACAAAACCAGAUACCAUACCAGCAUGUAUUCUAGCCGAUUUCCUCUAUUUGGGCUCACAAGAUGCUGUUAAUAGUGAAAAUAUAAGUGCAUAUAAACUAACACAUAUUUUAAGCGUUGGUAUUGAGACACCACGCUUAGUUGGUGACAAAGUGCAGACCAAAUUUUUGCCAUGUCUCGAUUUGCCCGAAACGGUACUUCUAGAGCGUGUCAUUCCAGCGGCAAAUCAAUUCAUCAACGACGCAGAAUCGUCGCGCGGUCGUGUGCUAGUGCAUUGUAAUGCUGGUGUUUCGCGCGCGGCCAGCAUUGUUAUUGCUUAUUUAAUAUUAGUGCGUGGUAUGCUGUUUGACGAUGCCUAUGCGUUAGUAAAGUCAAAACGCGAAUGUAUACAACCAAAUGUAGGAUUUAUUAAGCAGUUAAAGAAACUAAAAUUAGACGAAGUGUAGUUCUAUGUAAGUAAUUUUAUCUAAUAACGGUAGUGUAGUGGUAGUUUAGUAAGUAGAUUAGUAGUCAUAUUUGGAAUCUAAUUGAAUUGAAAUUGUGUAAUUAUUUAAGGUAUUCUCUUGCAUAUUUCAAAAGCUGGAAGCUAGAUAGACUGAGUCGAUUGUGUAUUGCUCAAAAGAGUGAAGACUGCGCGAGCCUUAACUCGUAUGAAUAUAUAUUUUCCUUUCUAUUUUAUGUAAGAGUUAGUUGCCUGUGCUUGUAGCGCUGUCUUUAGAGCAUAUUGAACCUUCCUUUAACCCAGGCUAUAGUUCUAAAUUUUAAGAGAUAACUGUACUCUAAGCAUGGCAAUAUAGAAGAAACACGUUGCACCUAGUAAAAGGGAGGUCGUUCUUCUUCUGUAGACACUUAUGUUUACUAGUUUAUCUCGAGAUCGCAUUUUUGACGCUUAGUUAGUAUUUUCAUAUUUAAGGUUUGGUCGCUAACGCUCCACUUCACUUCCCCUACUCUCCUCGUGAAUUUAUUAAAUGUUAAAAAAAAAUACGAAGGCAACGCUUCGAAACACGUCUAUGAUAUCGUGACGGAUGAUAGAUCGUGGAUUUACGCGCCGGAAAGUCAACAGUAGUCGACUGUAUGGGUGUUUCCAGAUGAAACAAAUCCACCAAAAGUUGGUCGCGUACGAAGCACUUCCAAGCAAAUGGUUCACUGAUUUUUUUUUUUUUUAAAGUCUACCCCCCAUACACUAUUCGCCAUUCCACCGUAUAUGUCAUGAUUUUAAUUCUCAUUCCUGCACAUUUGACUUAUCUGACUCACAUUUCAAAAUUAAAAGGACUUUAUUACCCUCGCGUCGGUUGGGCGGGAAGAGGGUAAUCGUUGGGUUAUUAUUAUAAGAACAGUAAAUUCUGAGGGAUACACAACCAUUUGUUUGACAGUUGUAUUUCAGGAAAUCAGGAAAGCCGAAGAAUGAUAACUUUUCACCAAGACAAUGUGAACUUUCACACAUCGACUGAAACAACUGCAUUUUGAGCACUCAAAACAUCGAUUUGAUGAGCCAUCCGAAUGGCUUCUUUCUAUUCCCGUACCUAAAAAAUAAACUAAGCGGUCAACGUUUUUCGACACCUGAAGAGGCGGUUAAUGGGUCCAGAACGCAGGUUUUGACGAUACCUCAAUAGUCAUAGUAGCAAAAGGCUUUGAAAAUUGCUUUAAACUUAUGCAAAAUAGUAUAGAUCUUAAUGAAGAAUUUUUUGAAAAACAAUAAAGCGAAUUUCAAAGAUUAA